AUGGAUGGACCAUCGAGUAUAGAGGAAUUGACAAGACUCCUACGAGAAGCUGAGCAGCGCGCGGAGGAGGAGCGACAACGCGCCGAGAGGGAACAGCAACGCGCCGAGAGGGAACAGCAACGCGCCGAGAGGGAACAGCAACGCGCCGAGAGGGAACAGCAACGCGCCGAGAGGGAACAGCAACGCGCCGAGGGAGCAGAGAGAGAACGACAGGAGGAGCGACAACGCGCCGAGAGGGAACAGCAACGCGCCGAGGAAGCAGAGGAACACACACGACUCACGACGCUUGACGAAUACAUUGCAGCUUGCCAUGAUUCCGUCUUCUCUCGCUUCGCCAUCGAAACAGAUCCAAAACUGACCUCAAAGGGCCCGUUGACCAACCCGCGUAACAAGCCAUGGCCCAACUUCCUUCAUCAACAGAAGGUCACCUUCGGUACACUGCACCAUUCAUUUCCUACCGAAAGACGCCUUUUCGAGAACCGAAACUUCCUGGCCGGCAUGGGGAACCGGGUCUCCCAACGACCGAUAGGAGACGAGAAGACGCUCGAAUAUUUCCUACAUAAUAGCGUGGAGGAUCCGGUUAGGGCCAUCGUACAACAUCUUAAACAGGUGGAAGAGGUCGGCAGGGAUUUUCAGAUCGGAGAUGGUGUCGUCUUUGAGAACCAUCCCCAUGCCCUCAGCGAUGUUGCCGAAGAAGUGGUUGAGAGGAGACCCCAUCGACGCCGCCGCGGACGCCGGACCACGGAAUAG